GCGCGAGCCGGGCCGGGAGCGCCAUGGCCUGCAUCCUGAAGAGAAAGUUUGUGAUUACGGUGAGCUUCCUGGCCACGUUCCUCUUCCUGCUGGUGGUGCGCCUGGUCAGUGAAGCGAGUUUCCCGUUGCUACUAAAUUGCUUUGGACAACCUGGAGCAAAAUGGACCCCGCUGUCCUACACAUACAGGCAGCCCCUUCGAACUCACCAUGGAUACAUAAAUGUGAGGACAGAAGAGCCUUUGCAGCUGGACUGUGACUUGUGCACCAUCGUGUCAAAUUCGGGUCAGAUGGUUGGACAGAAAGUAGGCGAUGAGAUAGACCGCUCCUCCUGCACCUGGAGAAUGAACAAUGCGCCAACCAAGGGUUAUGAGGAAGAUGUUGGCCACGUGACGAUGAUCCGAGUUGUGUCCCAUACCAGCGUUCCUCUUUUGCUAAAAAACCCUGACUAUUUUUUCAAAGAAGCGAACAGCACUACUUACGUUAUUUGGGGCCCUUUCCGCAACAUGCGGAAGGAUGGCAAUGGCAUCAUUUACAACAUGUUGAAAAGGACAGUUGACGCCUAUCCACAUGCCCAGAUUUAUGUGACCACAGAGAAACGUAUGAACUACUGCGAUGGAGUUUUUAAGAAGGAAACCGGGAGGGAUAGAGUCCAGUCUGGCUCCUACCUCAGCACCGGAUGGUUUACCUUCAUCCUGGCCAUGGACGCCUGCUACAGCAUCCACGUCUACGGGAUGAUAAAUGACACCUACUGCACGACAGAAGGGUAUAGAAAAGUCCCCUACCAUUACUAUGAACAAGGACGGGAUGAGUGCGAUGAAUACUUUCUCCACGAACACGCUGCCUACGGGGGACACAGGUUUAUCACUGAGAAGAAAGUAUUCGCUAAAUGGGCCAAGAAACACAGAAUAACAUUUACACACCCAAACUGGACAGUGUCUUGAUGCUGGGUUUGCCGAUCAUGAUACUCCCAGCCGGGAUGAUGAGGCUGAUGCAGAUGAUGGUGUUGACAGAGACAACGGUGAUGAUCAUGUGCCCAUUCUCUGCUGUAGAAGGUGACUCUGCUAGUAAUUUGGGGUUCUAUGGAAGGUAGCUCGUUUGUUCUGUUCUUUUUGGUGGUUCAACUCUACAUACUGCACUUUAUAAUUUAACUGGAAUUAAAAUGAAGGCCAGGGACAUGCCAACAAUGGCUGAAGAAAACAGGAGGAUUAGCUGUCACGAUAGCUGCUCAGAAUUCUUCAACAGUAGCUUCCAGAAGCCAUGGACAUGGCUUCAUGAAGCAUGGUUUCUAAGUGUGUGGUCUCCUGAGCUGGGACAGCUCUGCUGUCUUAGAGAAUGGCACUGUCCCGAGUAAUACCAUCAAGGUGCAGAGAUCUUAUCACAGUUACUGUUAGCCCAGGGGACUGAAAGGAUGUUUCUGAUAUGCCACCUUCCUUCAGUAAGUCUUAUAGCUGAUGCUUCGGGCUACUACCUAAUGAGCAAUGAAGAUAUCAUGUAAUUCUUGCAUAACAGGAUUACUGAACUAUCUGAUCAAACACUUAAUUCAAAAUGAACCAAGUAGCAGAUAUUGAUGAAUUUCCACUCUGACAGCUGCAUUCUCCCUACUCAAAACAAUGUAACUAAACAUAUUAUCAGAACGAUCUGUAUUAAUGUUUAGUUAUUUCGGUUGAGCACUAAAUAUUUCAGAAGGUUAUUUAACAUGUUAGAUGCACAACUUCAACACUGUAAUAACACAUACUGUGAAGACAGUCCUGAAACAUAACCAAAGGGUUUCCUCGCUCUGCUUCAACAUCCAACGCAGAAUUACACACUCUUUAAAAUGAUGAAACAGGGAAAGCAAAGCAUAUUUUUGCAUCCGUUUAUAUCCUAUCAUACUUCAUUAUAUAUAUAUAUAUUUGUAUAUCCAAAUUUCUAUUUUAUAAGCCCAAGAUGUGUCUCUCCAUAUGUCACAUGAUCAAUGCCAAGUGCCAGUUGUUAGGCAUGGAUGGUUCUUCAUAUCAAACCUGACCAGGGCUUUUGCCUUCCUGGGGUUAUUUUUCCCUAUCUUGUAUUGGAUGCUAUACCAUAAGGAUCUAAAUGUCCAAAGUGCUUUGUGAUUUAAAGUCCUUUCACAUACGAUUCCGUGUGGUGCCAUAUGGUCACCUCACUGGACCGUUGCCUGCAUAUUUGUGCCGUCUCUGGCCCAUGAUCUGUAAUGUGUUCACUGUGCUCCUGUAUGUGUCCCAGGUUGCUUGACCGGCUAAUAUUUGUAUAGAUAGCUUUUCUGUAAACUAGUAACCCAUUGAGUUCAGUGCCAAAUACAACACUGUGUACCAAGAUCAUGCAAAAACUAUCACAAAGAUGAUCUUGUCACAGAUCAGGACCCCUGUGAAUUUAGCUACUCCAGACUGUUCCGUUAUUGUUAGUGGCUCUAUUUAGGGGAGAAGAUGAGAGCCAGGGACAGUAGGUAGGAACAGAAGCAGUGAAAUGCAGUUUCUGUUCCAGGUUUAAAACAGCUUCAUUCUCCAAAGACACAGCGACCGGUGAAUAUUGGAGGUUGGGUUUCUGAGCGAGUAGCCAAGCAUCAGAAAAUGGCCUGGAGAGAUGAUUCCAGACACAAAAGCCAAGCUGAACUUAGUGCUUUGGAAGUUGGAAAUGAUGCAUCUCAACUUCCAGAACACUCGGCGGGUCUUCACCAGGUGUAAGGGUCAUACUGUCUUUCCUGUUUUCUUCUGGGGAGAAAGAUACCCCCAUACCCACACCCCUAAACAGUACCAAGCCCACCUGACCCAGAGGGACACAGAAGAUAGGGAGAGGUUAUUCUUUUACUGUUUCCUUAUGUGAUUUUAAUUUCUAUGAAUGUCGGUUUCUUCAGAGCUAAUGGUGGCUAGAAAUACCCACUUAAAGACAAAUGCAUAAUACCAGUGUUGAGACUGUGAUGUAGAUUGUUUUCCUCUCUGUUGUGCUACAGGAGUUCUGCUUUCAAAUAAAAAUUGAACCCUUGAUUAAUCAGUACACCUCGGGACACAAUCUGAUUUAUGGAGUAGUCGGUUAAUGGAGGGUGGAUCUGUUUGGGCGCUUACAGAUGAGACAUUUAAGACUUGUUCCCCUGCUACAGACUUGGCAACACCCUUUCCCCUCAUAGUCUAUGAAGAAAGCAGCCUCGGGUGUAACCUGGCAGUGUCUUCUGUGACAUGGUUGCAUGGCAAACACAUGCCUCCCUCUUCCUCCUGCUUCUCUUUCCUGCACUCUCCUUCCAACCCUCCUUCCUUCCUCCUCUCUCUCCUGUUCUCCCUCUUCUCCAUCCCCUCCCUCUUUCAACUAAACUCUAUAUUUUUGAUGACUGUUUUUGUCUCUUUAUUAUAAAGUAGGAAACAGGGGCAUUUUAUUCUCCACUUGGACCCAGCUGAAUUCCUUUUAAUCAGGCUCUCAGGACUUGCUUUUCUCUGAAAUCUUUGAUUUUUUUUCUGUGUCCAUUUCAUCUUUCUGCCAGUCUUUUAAUUAUAGUGUAAAUACAAGGUCUACUUUUGCCCAUGUUGAGAAGAAAUUUUCCAGCUCCGAUUGCUGAAGAGCGAGGCAAAGGGGCAAUUCAAGGAUUGCAUUCUGUCCUGCAAAUUUUGAUCAGUCCCACAAAUUCUAGUCUGUGGUGCAGAUUCCAUUCC